AGACUAAUUUUGUAGUCUUGCGGGAAAGGUGGGAUAUUUGGUCUGAUGUGAAAUGGAACCAGAUUUAAUUCAAGAUUCUUUACACCAAAACAACUACGAAGAUUAUGAUUUCGGUCCUAAAUUCAAGAAACUUCGAAUUACUGACAAUGUCCGUGAGCUUCAAACUGUUUUACGAUCAAAACUAACUUCAAGAGGGGAUUUCAUAUUUUAUGCAGACAGAUUGAUUCGAUUAGUUGUAGAAGAAUGCCUCAAUCAACUGCCAUAUCGCCACUGCCAGGUCACCACACCUACAGGACAAAUUUACGAUGGUCUUCGGUACGAAAAAGGAAAUUGUGGCGUCAGUAUCAUGAGAAGUGGUGAAGCCAUGGAGCAGGGACUAAGAGAUUGCUGUCGAUCAAUACGCAUCGGCAAAAUCCUUAUACAGAGUGAUGAAGACACACACGAAGCCAAAGUUGUCUAUGCUAAACUUCCUCCUGACAUUGCUGUACGCAAAGUCCUCCUCAUGUAUCCCAUUAUGGGUACCGGAAAUACUGUGAUAAAAGCUGUAAAUAUACUCAAGGACCACAAAGUGCUGGAAGAAAAUAUCAUCCUAAUGAAUCUCUUCACAACACCCUCAGCUGCCAAAGCAGUGCGGAACGCCUUCCCCGAGAUGAAUGUCUUCACGUCUGAAGUCCAUCCUGUGGCACCCAAUCACUUUGGCCAGAAGUAUUUUGGUACAGAGUAGAUGUCCGCCAUGCCAGAUCCCCAAUCAUCCAGUAUCCAAUGCCUCAAGAUCUACUUCACCAUUCACACAACAAUCCCUUCUAUUCCAGCUUUGACAAUGUUUUACCUCGUAUGUUGAGCGUAUGUGAAAACUUGGUCAUGAGAAGCCUGUUUUAAUUUGUCUUGGUUAAGUGUUAGAUAUUGUAUCCUGCACUUUGAUAACAAUUAUACAUCUCAUAAUGUGUUGAUGCUGGUCAAGAAUCUCUGAACAAGCUGGUGUUCAUGUACAGAAAUUUUAAAUUUGCAGAAGUGGGCUUUAUUCUUAUCUAAGCUCAAAGCUAUAAAUUAUCAAGUUGUGGUGAUAUCAGAAAUGAAAGUGAUAUUAUAUGUCUCGUCAUAAUAGAUGAAUGUCAAAGAAAAAUUGUGUUCAGAAGAUACAAUAGAAACACUGGAAUGUCUUUGAACAAAUGUGUCAAUAGAAAAUUAGAAAGGUGCUUAAUUUAAUUGGUCACAAAGAUAAGCUGUGUGAAUCCUGUAAAUGUACUGAUUUUGGCACUCUCAAAGUUCAGGUUAUAACAGAUCUGAGCAAUAGCUUACACAUGAUCUUUAAGCCCCUUUUGGCGUGAGCCGAGCAGCUUAUUCUGUCCAGAGAAAUAAAUGAUGGACCCAUUUCCAUACAGGAAUAGUCCAGCGAUGUUUAAGCUUAAUUUAUGAUAAUGAAUAGAUAUCUUCAUCUGGAAUAUUUUUAUAACUGAAUAUUUUACCGUUUCCACAGCCUUUGGUAUUCUGCUAUAAGGUAUAGUCUGUUUCAUAAAACUUCAGAAUAAAGAAUCUUUAUAAGGGCACUGUCAAUUAACCGCGUCCUGCGCCCUUAUUAGGUCAUAUACGGUAAUUCAGUUCCUGCAUACUUCUAUUAUAGUUUGAAGCUUAAAUAGAAUCUAAUUUAUCUGACAUUCACCUGUGGUUAUGUUAAGUAUUCUGAUGGUCUUCUCCAAACAACUCAGCAUAAUCAAUACUCACUGAAAACAAAAUGGUUGUCUCCUCUGCAUUUUGCAGGUGCUGUAUUGGUGAAAUACAAACUUCAAAAUCAAUUAGAGGAAUGUUUCAUUUGUGCGGUUUGACCAUACAUGUUUAAGUAUUUUUUACAACUGUGAUCAAGGUCAUUUGAAUGUUUGAUUGGCACUCGAUAACGUGUAACACACUGCUCUUGCACAAAAGAUUUGGCUGCAUCAAAAUAUUUUUCAAUCAGAAGAGUGCGGUAGAUAGCUCGGACGUUUGUUUAAACCACAAUAAGAGAAUACUGUUUAUUGAUUCAACAACACAAGAAUAAUUAUGAUAGUAAUUUCACUCUAUGAAAUAAUAUGUAUAAUAUUUUGCUAGAGUGUUUCCCUACAUCAUGCCUAUCCUACAAUUUACAAGCACAAAGGCUAUUCUUCAUUACCCAUCCGCUGAUAGAGAGUGGAUUAACAUCCAGCAUAGGAAGUUAACUUGAUUAAACGCUAGGUCUGCAAACGUCUUUGCUGAACAGAAUAAUGACGGACUGACAUGAUUCUAGAAUAUUUAUACCAACAGUUUCUAGAAAGUGUAAUUAGCAGAAUUGUAAUUAAGUGGAAUGCUUCCAUUGUGAAACAUACUAAAAUAAGAUUACAGCUAUAAAAUAUGUACGUUUACAGCAUAUGAAGAUACAACCUGUGCUACUUUCUGUUGGACAAUGCAUAUAAAUUUCCACAUUUCCAUCACUUACCCUUGUGCCAUUUUUGUGUAUCCACUUCCGACAGUCAUAUUUUGUCAGUCGGCAUGUCAUUUAUAUAUUUGUGUGUGUGUGUAUCUAAAGGAAUGCUCAAGCGAAGAAUUCCAGACAUUUCCAGUCAGCUCAGGUUAAAAACAUUUAAAUUCAACUUAUUGUAUGGCUGCUUCAGGAUAAGGUUUAUAUCAUUUACUGAACAAUUGAAUUCUAUUGACUGUUUUAUGUGGCAUUUAAAGAUCUAUAUACUGUACUAUGAUUUUUAAAUGUAAUUGCAACAAUGCACUAAUAUCUUUGGGUACACUUCAAAUUAUGAGGAACAGUUUUAUUACUUUUGGAAACAUGAUAGCUAUUUUGUCACUAGUGUAACUGUUCAAUGUUUCGUAAUGUUACUUGAUUGUGGCACUGGUUAUUCUUCUUUCAGAAAAGUGAAAGCUGCAUAUCAGUUUUAUCUUUGUUAAAUCAAUCUUGCUGAGAAAAAAAAAUCUGACAUGCGACUCAUGAUUGGUGUUCUCAUGAUGUUAAUUAAAAGCAAGUGCAUGCAAUGGACUUCGGAUGUUGUUGGCAAUGUAAUGUAUAUUUUUUCUGCAUAAUGCCAAUGAUUAAUGUACAAAUGUUACACAAUUUCAUUCUUUUACAUAAUCUCCAUGUAUGUGUGUGUUUACUUCAGCACUGGAAUGCUUGAAAAUGUCCCGACAUUAUUCGGUUUUACAGGAUUGAUUUUUUGCAAUCAUGCUAGUCAUGACGAUAUCAAAAUACUUACUCUGCUACAUAUUUAUCCUGAUAGAUUUACUGUAUGGAAUUCAUUAGUGAAACUUAAUUAAUUGAAAUGAAAUGAAACCCAUUAUAGAGGAUAGUGUAAUCUGUGUAUCACAAGAUGCAAAUAUUUCCCAUAGAGUCCAGAACAACAUUAGAUGUUUUAUAGAGAUAAUCCACUUGUUGAAAUUGAGCAAGUUUGAUAAGAAACUAUAAUGACUAUGGUCCAACUAUGGUAGAAGCAAACUCACUUUACAAGUAAUGUAUAGAACAAGAAGUUUCUUUGUACACAUCUUGUAGGCUAGCUCAACCACCAAUGUACUCCAUGUUUCCAUUCGGAAUAUAUACAUAUGUAAUCACAUUAGAUGGAACACCUGACUACAGUAAAUAGUUAAUGAUCGAACUUACCCAAUUUCAAAUACAGUAUGAUUAAUCCAUGUGAAGAAUUUUUUUUUUUUUUCAUUCUGAAAAUGUCGACAUAUUGAUGUCAUUCCAUAUCUGUCUGCUCAUGACCUGUCAAUCAUGUGUGCAGCAUAGCAUAGGUAAAGCACAUAAUAUUGAUUAAAAGUCAUACAUUUAUUCCCUUCAUUGAAUUGAAUGGACUUUGAAUGUCAUGCAUUGUAGAUGUAGGUACAUGUGUGUAAUGAGCGACCUUCCAAGUCUGAUGUAAGGAAGAAAUGUAAUUGUUUUAAGCAAGUUUCUGCAUUACCUGUUACUGCUGUUACAGUGGUCUGAAGGCUUCUACAGGAGACAUACUGGGAACAAAUUUUUGUAUAGCAUUAUGUUUUUUAGUACAAAUAUAUGAAUAUAUUUCAAAUAUGUCUUGCAAAUUUAUACAGAUUUAUUGUUGAAUAGACAUUUUCAUUCACCAUUAUGUUCACUAAAAGUAUGAUAUAAACCCCGAGCCCUGUCAAAUCAUGUAACUCCCAAGGGGUUUAAGACAUGUAUAAAUGAACUGGACAUGUUCACUACUGUUUUACUGUAGACAUUGUUUACAUUUAUCAUGGUUUUAUUGUAUUUCAUUUGUGUUACACUACACCGGCAAAAUUCCUUCACGUAAAAAUCAGAUUCACAUGAAAUUCACAUGAAAAAAUUUCACGUGAAGGAAUUUUGCCUGUGUAUAACAUCAGGAAUGUGUUAACAUGAGGUUUUAGAUAUCAAAUGUAUUAGCUUGCAGUCAAUUUUUUGUACGGGUGUAAACAAGACUGGAGAAGAUUGGCAUACUGAAGAAUAUUGGUUGUUUACAUUUUAUGAUUAUCUCAUUCUGUCGGUUUCGUUAAUCCAAAUCUUGAAAGAACAGCAUUAUAUUACACAUAUCAGUUUGUAUUGAAUAUUAAUUACUCAAGACAGCAAUGGUUGAUUUAGAGAAAUGCCCGCAUUAGUGUUCCUUAGAUUUUAACUUUAAUUUAUGUACUAGUAAGCUCUUGCUUUUCUAUAUGAGGCAGACCGAAUUACUGUUCAUUAGAAUUUCCAACAUCUGCGAUUUCAUUGUCUUGUAGUAUGAUCUUAAUUUUUUUCAGGAUAAAUACAGCACAUUGUAGUCCAUUUUUUUUUCUUUUGUAAUUUACCUUUUUAAUUACAAAAUGCAACAUAACUAUGGAAGAUUUUGUAUAUAUUUAUAUGUACAUUAUUGUUACUUUUUUUCUUUUCUUUUUGUUCUAUAUCCGAGUAAGUGAAUGAUGUUGACUUUUUUAACUAAUUCAUUGAUUUUGGAUAUUAAACUCUACAUGAUAGUCAUAUGACAUCCUCUCCUGCCAAAUAGGAAAAUAUGCUGUGUAGUUUUAUCUAAAAAUAAAUAUGAGUAUUUCCGUCUUGUACCUGCAUGUAAUAUCAGUUAGUACCUAGAUACAAAAGACUGACCAAAGUAGUAUUGUGUGGCGAACAUCAAAUGUUUGCAAAUAUCUUUUGCUCACAUUAAAGUGUGAAAUUUAUUCAGAGACUAAUUGUCAAUUUAUUUUAAGGUACCUGUUAUCUUACAUGUAAACAUUGGUUCACUGGGGCCAAUGUUUCUUCAGUAGAACAAUCAAUGAAUUUCUGUUUAAUGAAUACUUAUAUCAAAUAAUUUAGAAAAAUACUUAUCAAAUAAUUUAGAAAUCACAAGUGUUCAGUUUUUUUUUUUUUUUUGUUAAUGUAAAUAACCUUGUUGUUUAAAUCUAGUUUGGUGGCAACAGUUAGAUUGUAUAUUAAAUGUACUUCAACUUGUAUAUGUAAACAUCAAAAUUCAAAAGUAUCAAAAUUUGGUUUGUAUGUGAAAUAUGUAUAGUAUAUAGUUGAGAAAGACAUGAAAAUAAUUAGGCUAUGGGUAAAGAAUUAAUAUGUACCGAGGGUAUGUUAUCUGUGCAAUAGAUCUGUCAAGGUGUUUGAUAUAAUUCCUGGACAUUUGAAAUUAAAAAGAUGUUUUUGAAUGCAUGCAUUUCCUAAUUAUAGCUGCACCAUCUUGUAUUUCAGUCAUUUAAAUUUGAAAGACAAUUAUUUAAACAAUGCUGUUGGUUUACCUGGUAAGUUAAUUUAUGCAUGUAACUCCAAAGUUUCCUACCACUAGCUUAGAUGUGUACAAUCUAUCUUUUGGCUAUUACAGAGACUAGUCCAGAGUGUUUAGGGACAUCAAGAGGGUGGCUUUAUUUAUAUUUCUGGUUUAAUGAAGCAUUUGGCCCAUUUAUUUUUCCUGAGUGACAAAAUAAAACCAGUUACAUAUAAUAUAUUGUGGUGAAGAGGUUUAUAAUGUAAGUCUUGCAAGUCCUUGUCUUUGCCCCACACAUUUACCACCAACAUACGGACAAGUGGUCGCACUGCGACAAGGUUGUACGGUACAUCUUAAGGGCGAAAUGUGAUACUUAACUAUUUGACAGCAAGCUAGUUGUAAACGAAAUUCUAGACAAGGUCUAUGGGUCAUAAAUUUUAGAUCUUAGGUGUCCAGUUAUAUUGCAGUUAUACAAUAAUGUAAUCUAAGUCAAUUGUACAACAUUUAUACAUAAACACCAGUAUACUAUCAAACAAAUUUCUGAUUAUUACAUAGCAAUAUUUACUUUUUUGUUUUAGGUUCAAUUUCAUUUUAAAAUCCUAAAACUCUCUUUAUUCUGGUCCUGUGAAAUUUGUUAAAAACAAGUUUUGCUGUACAUGGAUUAACCAAAUUGGUGGCUAUUUUUGCUUUGGUUUUCAUUCAGCUAGAAUUGAUAACACAAUACAGUAAUUACACAGGUUACCAGGGUUCAGAUUCUGUAGGUUUGUGUAUUGAAUCUUGAGAAAACUUCGUGUUAAUAUUCUGUAGUUUUAGACAUUUAGAUCCUAGCAGUUUGACCUUUAGCUAUAAUAUUACAAUGCUUGAUUAUGUUUUUGUGAAUAAGUAUUAUUAUGUUAGCAUCAUUACAUUGUAAAUGUAAUUAAUGUGUUGCCUGUUGACCACAAUGACAAUAAAGUAUUGUCCAAUGUA